AUGACCGUGAAAGCAGUAUUUGCUCUUCGGUUUCGUUGGCCGUCUCUUGCUGCCACUGAAAAGUGGCAGGCGCUGACCGAUAUCGGACGGAACACGAGGAUUCAUCCGACAGUUGAUCUGAAGGCCACGGAUCAAUUUCUUGCACUCGGCCUGGUGCUCGAAAAGAUUUUUCUCCACCAAUGCAGUCGUUCUUCCGGCGAUGUCGUAGCUUGGAUUUUUUCUCUGCUGCCUCUUGUCCCGUUGUCAUACUUGUCAGAACAACUCGUAAUCCGUUUCGAUGGCGUAGGCUGA